AUGAGCCAUGCAAUCGUGAUCGUGAUGGCUGAAGUAAAACAGCAGCGACGUGACACUGAAAAUGAACUUUCUCAGAAGGUCUUGGACGAAGCAUUUACUGGUGUUGCAAAAUGCCUCUUUCCAUCUCAUGUAUAUCCCACUCAGGCUGUAGUAAAGGAAACCUUUAAGGCUUACAUGGAAGAAAUAUUCCCAGAUUUUAUGUCUAACAUAAGUUCAAAUAACUUCACAAACCAUUAUCAUAGCAAUUGGUUGAGUCAGCUCCUGCAAAAGAUUAAGAAUAAUCGCGGUGCUGUCUUGCAAAGCGUUAGGUCUGCGGUUUGGCGUGUUUUUGGGCGUGAAAAGCUGCCUCCCUUAAAAAGUAACGCGGCUGCAGCCGCCAUUGUGAGUUGGAAGGAAAGUCAAGCUGUAAGCAAUUGCUAUCGCAUGCUUUUCGAAAAAGAUAAUAAAGGUACACUUUGGGUGUACACAAUCGCAAGAACAGCCUUUUCGGCGGUGGCGGUCCCGACUUUGACAAGCGCACAUUGUGCGUUCAUGCUUGUGGUAUGCGACAUCCUGCUAAACCCCCGAUUACAAAACGUUCAGUGUACCGAAAGACGUAUGAAACGUUGUAUUGAAAAAUAUUUGCAAGAAUUUGAGGGCGAUGGUCCCUCACAUGAUACUGCUGAUGCCAU